CCGCUCUUCAUGGCAAAGGAUCGCUCCAGGCCCUUUGGUGCUGCUACUUCUGCCCCCGGAGUAUCCUGGAAGCUGAUCUCAGAACCUUUUUCUCUUCUGUGGUUGCAUCAAGAGAACUUUAUGGGAGAAUAACAUCCCUGGGACUUGGGACUUGCAUUUUUCCCAGAAUGAAGAAGGCCACGCAGCUCUUGCUCGCCAGCUCUGUCCUGUGUCUCCUGAAAGAGAGUAUCUGCGCUACCCGGAGAUACUAUAUCGGGGCCGUCGAGCUGUAUUGGGACUAUAGGAGAAGUGAGCUGCUCAGUGCUCUCAGCCUGGAGCCAGGAUUUCCUCCAACAGUCCCCGACUCAUUUGCAUCUGAUGGUUCCACUCUCUAUAAAAAGGCUGUGUUUGUAGAAUACACAGAUAGCCGCUUUCUCCAAGCCAAGCCCAGAGCACCAUGGAUGGGUCUCCUGGGUCCCAUCAUUCGGGCAGAAGUGCACGACACGGUGGUUAUUACACUCAAGAACAUGGCUUCCCAUCCAGUUAGCCUCCAUGCUGUUGGGAUAUCCUAUUGGAAGGCCUCUGAGGGGGCCAGAUACAACGACCAGACCAAUUACAUGGAAAAGCAAGACGAUGAAGUCGCCCCGGGUGCCAACUACACGUACGUGUGGCAAGUCCUGAAGGAGAACAGCCCCAUGGACCAUGACCCACCAUGUCUCACCUAUUCCUAUCUUUCUCAUGUGGACACAGUGAAGGACCUGAAUACAGGCUUAAUUGGGGCUCUGCUGGUCUGUAAAGAAGGAAGUCUGGCUGGAACACAGCACUUGCAAGAGUUUGUGCUGCUCUUUGCUGUUUUUGAUGAAGGGAAAAGUUGGCAUUCAGAACCAGAUGAGACCGAGACACAGGCUCAGAUGUACGAGUCCAAAAAAUUGUACCCUAAAGUGCACACUAUCAAUGGCUAUGUGAACGGCUCUUUACCAGACCUGUUAGUGUGUCACGGCAAGGCGGUCCAUUGGCACGUGAUCGGCAUGGGCACCGCUCCUGAAGUCCACUCGAUUUUUCUGGAAAGCCACACGUUCCUUGUGAGAAAUCACCGCCUUACCUCUCUGGAGAUCUCGCCAGCCACAUUUCUCACUGCCCAGACGCUGCAUAUGGACACCGGCCGCUUCCUGAUGUUUUGCCAGAUCUCCUCUCACCAACAUGAUGGCAUGGAGGCCUAUGUCCAUGUGGAAACCUGUCCCGAGAAGCCCCUGCUCAGGAUGGAGAAAGAGUCAGGCAUUUACUAUGAUGACUACGAGCAGGACACUGAGGUGUUCCUGUUGCCCGAGGCUGGUGAUUCUCCCUUCCUCCAAGCACGGUCAGUGGCCAAGAAGCACCCCAAAGCGUGGUUUCAUUACAUCGCAGUACAGGAGGCAGACUGGGACUAUGCACCUGCAACCCUUGCUGAGCCCUCAGCCAGAGACUCCAAAAGCCAUCAUCUGAACAGUCAUCCUCAAAGGGCUGGCAGAAAGUAUAAGAAAGCCCGGUACAUGGCCUACACAGAUGAAACCUUCGAGACUCCUCAGUCUAGUCAACACGAAUCAGGCAUUUUGGGACCUUUGCUUUAUGGAGAAGUUGGGGACAUGCUCUUGAUUACAUUCAAAAACUUAGCAAGUAGACCAUACAACAUUUACCCUCACGGCCUCACCGGCGUCAGUCCUUUGCACUCGGGGAGACUGCCUAAAGGUGUGAAAGAUGUCAAGGAUAUGCCAAUUAUGCCAGGCCAGACGUUCAAAUAUAAAUGGGAAGUAAUUGUGGAGGAUGGACCAACUCAAGCAGAUCCCAGAUGCCUGACUAGGUAUUACUCCAGCUUUAUCAAUGCGGAACGAGACCUGGCUUCGGGCCUUAUUGGGCCCCUCCUUAUAUGCCAUAAAGAAACUGUGGAUCAGAGAGGAAAUCAGAUGAUGUCAGACAAGAGGAAUGUGCUCCUCUUCUCCAUCUUUGAUGAGAACCUCAGCUGGUACUUGGCAGAGAACAUGCAGCGUUUCAGCUCAGAUACGGCGGGAGUGCAACCCCAGGAUCCCGAGUUCUAUGCCUCCAAUGUCAUGCACAGUAUCAAUGGCUACAUAUUCAACAGCUUACACCUGUCUGCCUGUUUGCACGAGGUGGCCUACUGGCAUAUACUCAGCGUGGGAGCCCAGACCGAUUUCCUGUCUGUUUUCUUCUCCGGUUACACUUUCAAGCACAAGAUGGUCUUUGAGGACACGCUCACCCUUUUCCCAUUUUCUGGGGACACCGUUUACAUGAUCAUGGAUAAUCCCGGUACCUGGAUGCUAGGCUGCCACAACCCUGAGUUUAGGAAGAGAGGCAUGACAGCCUUGCUGAAAGUUGCAACUUGCACUGUGAACACUGAGGAUUCUCAGGAGUACUAUGAUGAGCUGCCAGAUGACUUCUUGCCGAAAGAUAGCUUCCUGGAGCCCAGAGCCUUAAAGAGUGUUCAGCGUCUGCAUCCAUGUCCCAACAAACCACCCUCCCCAAGCACCGCGGCAUCCCAAACUGAUCCCGCGGAAGCCCACUCCCAUCACCAGGAGGAAAGCCAGCCACCCAAGUCCCAAAACCUGAUGCCGGCUCAUACGUCAGUGAAUUCUAAGCACUGCCUGGCUGACCCAGGCGAUCUAUCCCAACCAGCUCUGGAAGAUAGCACCUAUGAGCCCCUCCCUGUGGACUAUUUCCCUGAGUCAAGAGAGCCAAGUAAGCAGGGCCCAGGCGGGGUGCAAAAGCUCAGAAAGCCGACCGAUUCCCUCGGUUUAAAUCCUGCGUUCCAGCCCCAUGGGAUCGGGUCUUCGAUUCCAUUUCUGUGGCCUGGCCUCCAGCCCCAAAACAGUAAGCCCACAUGGGGGCGUUUGCAGGCACCAAUCAGAAUAGCCAUGAGGGAGGAAGAGUCUGAGUUUCCCAGGUCCUCAGAGAACACAACUCUUUCUCCAGUCCGUUUAUCUUCUAACCUGAUGGCAGCAGUGCUAAGAAAAACUACUUCACAGACCCCCUUUCUUCAAAGGAAAGAGGCAGAGUCGAUGUCAAGACAUCCAGAAACCCUUGGACCAAAGGGCCUUCCCCUAGUUGAGAAAACCACACCCAUACAGCUGAGGGAUCCUAACCCUACUGAUGCCACUGCUUUAGAAGUGGCUUUGAAGGAUGAAAAAGUAGUUUCCCUGGAAAACAAGGGGUCUUCCCUGAUGAGGGUUGGAGGAUUCCAAGAAAUGAGUGCUCAAGUAGCCACAGCGACUCCUGAUGGAAAGCCCUUCAAAGGGAAUGUUUCCUUGGUCCCAUCAAAUAUGGCAACUACUGGCUCUGGAAGCCCUCCCGGCCUCCCUAUGGAUGGGUCAAUGAUACUGUUUGAAAAUGAGUCAUCAACUGGGAAAGAUGUUGUGUCAGUAAAAGAUACAGAAAUGCCUUCUUGGGGUAACAACAGCACUCUCCCAGACCGGAAUGUGGCUACUCCCAUGCCUCGUCCUCUGCCAACUGAUGUGAUGGUGCUGAGAAAAGAGCUCACGAACCCCCCGAGAAAAAUACGCUCAGUCUUGCCGGCUAUAGACAAUAUGAAGACUGAAUCACCUCACCAGAGAGACUUGUCUCUCUUUAGAAAGGUGGUGACGCUAGAUUUGGUGAAUGGUGAAAGGGCAAAUGAGAGAAAGGAGGCCCAGACCCCUGAGACAGAGACUACCCUGGAGCAUCCCGUGACCAUGGCUUUAGCCCUUAAGCUUUGGAACAGGAAGAAUCCCUUCUCAGAAAAGAGCACAAUGGCACCAGCAGAGAAGAUGUUUACAAAUGAUCCCGUCUUCAGCAACAGCCAGAAUGUGUGGCCUACUGUACUCACUGAACAGGAGACUUACACCCCAAGUCAAAAACCACAGUUUCAAGAAGUGAUGGAAAGGAAGGAAAUACCUGCCUCUGAGAAUACAGUCUCACCUCCAUCCUACUUGGUGGCCAACAGAAAGAAGCUUCUUAAGGCCCUUUUCUUGUCAAGCAUCAAGGAGGAUGGUCCAUUGGAAGGAGGGGAUGAGAAUACACUUGAGUUGGUCUUACCAAAGUCUCAACUAUCGACCAGUAUGUUAAGUGGUCCAACAAGUAAUCCGGGACUUCAGAAGACUCAUUUAUUUGCCAGGGAAGGAAUGAUACUUCAAAAGAAUAUGAAGGAAAUGAACUCAGAGAGUCCUACUUUAGACAAUCACAAUGACCAAAGAGUGGAUAGAGACCCAAGUUCAAGUCAGAAGAGCCCUUCCCGGAUGGACGAGUCAGAAACAGGGAAUGAACUCGAAGACAAUGCCACAAUAAUCCAGUGGUCAAAAAAAAGGCAGUCUCUACUCCAAGAUGACAUGCCGGACCCUAGAGAGACACAGAAAGCUGCCACUUCCCUUCCUCCCUGGACCUAUUGGCCGGUAAGCAGCCAUGGGCCCUUGAGGCCAGAUGACUCCACAUUGCCUUCUCCAAAGGCUCAGAGAGUUCCAUUGCCAAGCCCCACCCAGUUGGUUCUGUCCUCUUCUUACAUCGACUCUUCUCAACUCCAGGCAACACAUGACAUUAACAACCUCAAGGGAAAAAGUCAUGUAACUCAGGAAAGCAGUUGGGCUAUGAACACAAUCAAAGAAAGCGACAUCACCUCAAACGCCCUCAACUUGGAACUUUCGGAAGGCCAAGGGGUGGGUAGUGCCCAGGGAGAGAUGGCCUCUCUCCAAAGACAUCCAGGUAAGCCUGUGCAUCUACAAGUCCUACCUGACUUAGAUGCCAAAUCAGAGAUGCAGGUGGCUCCACCUUCAAAUGGCACCAACCACCUGCAUCCCCCAGCAGAAGCCCAGGCAGCCACUGAAUCUAGUAAAGGGAAGUGGUCAGAGAAAGCGGCCUUGGUAAAAGUAGGAGCCAAAGACUUAAGAGGGCCUCUUCCAAAGGAAAUGUACCCAUUUUUCUGGGCUAACCAUACUGCCAACCAAAUGUUAACAAGAGAAGAAUGGAAAUCUCAAGAUCAUCAGCUAGAUCAAGCUUUUCUCAAGACAGAUACUAUUUCCCACUUAAGCCUAUUGAAGAGAGAAAAGAAACUAAUAGAGGGAACAAGUCAGGAACAAGCUGAGCCCCCUUUCACCCCGGGCAUCAGUUCUUCUGAGAGCCCUCGACAACCAUUUGCUUUGAAUUUCCUUCCAAGGGAAAAACCUCCAACUUCUGCCCAAUCAGAGACAGAAAAAGACAGCUAUGAUGACAGCAGCCUGGAAAUGGAGGUGGAAGAUUUUGAUAUCUAUGAAGAUAGUGAGAACCAGGGGCCUCGCAGCUUCCAGAAACAAACUCGCCACUACUUCAUUGCUGCCCAGGAAAAAAUCUGGGACUAUGGGCUCAACAAAUCUCCCCAUUUUCUAGGAGGCUGGGUACGGAAUGACAGCGCCUGGAAUUAUAAGAAAGUGGUCUUCCAAGAAUUUGCUGAUCAUUCCUUUACGGAGCCUCUAGAUCGUGGGGAGCUGACUGAACACCUAGGACUCCUGGGGCCAUAUAUCAGAGCAGAAGUUGAAGACUAUAUUGUGGUCACCUUCAAGAACCAGGCUUCCCGGCCUUACUCCUUCUAUUCUAGUCUCAUUUCCUAUGAGGAACAUCAGGGCCAAGAAAGUGACCUUAGAAAGAAAGAGGUGAAACCUGAAGAGACUAAAACAUAUUCUUGGAAGGUGGAGCCCCAUAUGGCACCCACCGACAAGGAGUUUGACUGCAAAGCCUGGGCCUAUUUCUCUGAUGUUGACCUGGAAAAAGAUCUACACUCGGGGUUGAUCGGGCCAAUACUGAUCUGUCACCCUAACAAACUGAACCCCUCUUAUGGGAGACAGUUGACUGUCCAGGAAUUUACUCUGUUCUUCACCAUCUUUGAUGAGACCAAGAGCUGGUAUUUUACUGAGAACAUGAAGAGGAACUGCAAGCCUCCAUGCAAGGUCCAGGUGAAUGAUCCUGGUUUUCAAAGGAAGCACCGCUUUCAUGCGAUCAAUGGUUAUGUGAAGGAUACAUUGCCUGGAUUGGUGAUGGCUCAGCACCAAAGGAUCCGGUGGUAUCUGCUGAGCAUGGGCAGCAAUGAAAAUAUCCACUCUAUUCACUUCAGUGGCCAAGUGUUUACUGUGCGGACCAAGAAAGAAUACAAAAUGGCAGUCUACAAUCUCUAUCCUGGUGUUUUUGAGACAAUAGAAAUGCGGCCAUCUCAAGCAGGACUGUGGCGGGUUGAGUGCAUGAUUGGUGAGCACCAGCAGGCUGGGAUGAGCGCCAUCUUACUGGUGUACAACAAGCACUGUCGGAAUGAUCUGGGAAUGGCCUCUUGCCAGAUUGCUGAUUCUCAGAUCACGGCUUCUGGACAUUAUGGCCAGUGGGCCCCAAAGCUGGCCAGACUUAAUUCUGCUGGCUCUAUCAACGCGUGGAGCAGCCAGGAUGCCAAUCCUUGGAUCCAGGUUGACCUGUUACGACCAAUGAUUAUCCAUGGAAUCAAGACCCAAGGAGCCCGACAGAAAUUCUCUAGCCUCUACAUCUCUCAGUUCACCAUCAGGCAUAGCCUUGACGGACAGACGUGGAAGAAUUACAGAGGAAACUCCACUGGGACCAUGAUGGUCUUCUUUGGGAACGUAGAUGCCUCAGGGAUCAAAGAAAAUGCGUUCGAGCCUCCCAUCAUCGCCCAGUUCCUCCGCCUGCUGCCCUCUCACUUCAGCGUGCGAAGUACGCUGCGCAUGGAGCUGCUGGGCUGUGAGCUGAACAGCUGCAGCCUCCCCCUGGGUGUGGAAAACGGAGCCAUCUCGGACGCCCAGCUCACAGCUUCGUCCCACAAGGCCAACGUGUUUGCCAACUGGGCCCCUUCCCGCGCCCGACUGAACCUCGAGGGCCGAACCAAUGCCUGGAGGCCCCGGGAGAAUGGGCGAACGGAGUGGCUGCAGGUGGACUUCGGGAAGCUGAUGAAAGUCACGGGAGUAACAACCCAGGGAGUGAAGUCCAUCCUCACCAGCAUGUACGUGAAAGAGUUCUUGCUCUCCAGCAGCCGAGAUGGCAAACGCUGGACCUUCUUUCAUCAGAAUAACGAAGUAAAGAUCUUUAAGGGAAAUCGGGAUUAUUCCAGCCCCGUGGUGAACCCCGUGGAGCCUCCCCUGUUUGCCAGCCACCUGAGGAUCCACCCCUGGCGCUGGGCCAACCACAUUGCUCUGAGGGUGGAGGUUCUGGGCUGUGACACUCAGCAGCUGUCCUAAGGGCGUCAGCGUGGGACGCGAAUGGCCCCUUCCACCACCCCCCCCCCCAGCUCAGCCACCCUGCGAUGAGGGAGGUCAACAUGGGCCUGAGAUACUGCAGGGCAAGAAGGCCUUCUGGGAUUGCUGACGACCUCUGGGCCCAGCCUAGAGAGGAGAAGAGAGGAGGGGGCCCCUCCCUCCCAGCUAUGAUUCCACUGCCUCCCAGCUGUGAUCCCCCUCCCUCCCAGCUGUGAUCCCCCUCCCUCCCAGCUGUGAUUCCCCUUCCCUCCCAGCUGUGAUCCUGUUCCCUCCCAGCUGUGAUCCCGCUGCCUCCCAGCUGUGAUCCCCCUCCCUCCCAACUGUAAUCUUGGAUCUUGGCCUCCCUCACCUGGAACAGGGCAGCUUAGCCCAGAAGAAUAAUCCAGAUUGGGGAGGAAAUAAACUGUGCAAUGGGGGCUCGCCUGUUUUGGGGGGUAGCUGAGGGCUGGGAGGCGGAUUAUCUGUGACUUUCUAGCAUCCCAUUAAACAUCUCUGCAAAGUGGGUCCUGCUGAUUCAUGUCCCGCCAGCUGGCUCAUAUGUAAUGGGGACAAACUGCAACCAUUCCCAGGAAGAUCAGGAGUGAAACAAGGUUGCCCACUAUCACCAUUACUAUAUAAUAUUGUAUUAGAAAUGCUAGCUCUGGCAAUAAGAGUUGAGAAAGAGAUUAAAGGAAUAAGAAUAGGCAAUGAGGAAACCAAAUUAUCACUCUGCUGAUGAUAUGAUGGUAUACUUAGAGAACCCCAGAGAUUCUACUAAAAAAAAGAAAAAAAUGAUUUUCUUCAGGUUCUGUUUUUAUCUUAUCCAACUCUCUGCUGACCUCUGCCCCCCUCUCUCAGUGCUUUGAACUUUGGAUCGCUGCCAUCUUCCUGUGUAUCUCUUCCACUUGAGCUCUGAGCCACCUGUUGGCUCUUCCACGUAUUUUUUCUUUCAGCCUGUUACAUGCCAGAUGGCUACCCCUGAUCUCCAUGUUUGAUUUCCUUUGCUGAUCUCCACGAAAGAUUUCUUCCUUUGAUGUGAUGGCUGCAUGCUGUUCCUUUCACUUUUUCCUCCUUCUCUCCUAGCUUCUGAUCUCUUCCCAUUGGUGUUCCUGUGGAUCGUUUCUUUUAUUCUCCCCACAUUAUGCUCUUUCCUGCCGCCUCCUCUUCUAAGACUUCUGAGUCUAGAGCUCUGUCAUCUUGCUGUGAUUCCCUGUCCCUAACCUCCAUUGGGGGUCUCUGCCCCAAUCUGCCUGUUUUCUGCUAAUCCUAUUAUUCCCUCCUGCCUUACCCUAAGCUCCUGAUCUUUUCCUUCUCAUCUUCUUGUGAAUCCCAGUCCUGCAGGUACCUGUCAACUUUCUCCCCCAACAGUCGUUUCUUCUGAUGCCUUGGCUCCAGAUCCCUGCCCGCCCUCUGCGUGUGCAGCUCUGCUAUCGAUCUCCACGGGGUGUCCCUCCCUCGAUCCCUUUGCUCCUUGCAGUCCCUUUCAGAGCUCCUGAUCUACUGCUUUUGAUCUUCCUGUUGACCAGUUCUUAGAUCUUUCCUCACUAUGUUGUCUUGUGCCAUUUUGUGUAUCAGUGCUUUGGAGUGUAGUUUUCCAUCGGCACCCUUUGAGCAUUUCCCCCUCUUCUUCAUGGGGGUCUGUACUUCCAUCUCUCUUCCCCCUUUCAUCCCUUUCAAAUUUCAAUUAUUAUUUACUGAGGCACUUGGUGUCUUUCAAAUGAUUUUCCUCUGGUUCUUUUCUUUUUAUCUUCUCCCACUCUCUGCUUUCCUCUGCCGCUCUCUUUCAGUGAUUUGGACUCUGAAUGGUUGCCUUCUCCCUGUCCAUCUUUCCCCUUGAGCUCUGUACAACUGUUUCCAUUUCCACCGUUUUUCUUCCUCACUACUGUACUUCAGACCUUUAUCUGUAGAGGGCUGAAACUUUUGAGUCGUUGCACUGAGGUCGGUUGAAGCACUUAGGGUGAAUUACCAAUUGGACAAUACUCUAUGGGCAUGUGCUUGGAAAAUGGCCCUUAUCACUAUCCUGUGCUGGCUCGAUGAUUGGUGUAUACAGAGGAUUGUAGGAGGGACUAGGGGGUGGAGGAAGACGAGCCAUGGUCAUUCUUAGCAGUAGAGGAGGAAAAAGGCGGUCAUGGGGAUUCUGCUUCCAUCAUGUUCAAUCCUGAGUCUAAAGACCAAGAAUAAAGACUAAGGACUUUUGCUUA